AUGGAGAUCUGGGACCGCCGCACGCUGGAGAAAGUGGCGACAAUUGAGGGCUUGAAUACGUCCCAUUGCAACCCACUAAUCCAUGUCAACCCAAUCGAACAUCUCUACGCGGCUUCGUGGAGACCGCGGGAUGCGGAGCUGUUCCCGUUCUGGAUAUCCCUCUCACCUGCGCCCAAACCCACUGGCAACGCGGCCACUCCUCCCCCAGCAACCCCAGAUGAGCAUGAGCGAACGAAGUGA